GGCGGGCCCGCUCAGUCGUCAACAUGAUGUGGCACAUCGUGUAGCGGCCACCGCAACCAUUCGAUUUUACAUUCAACCAAGAAACAACGCAAAAAAAAAACACACACAGAAAACCCAUUUAUUUACGUUCACGCCGCCGCUCCGCCGCCGCCGCCGUGGGUCGCGCGGCCGCCCUCGUGUCGUGCUAUGCUGUCGCAAUUUCGGCCACGCACGUAGCUCCCCAGCCGGGCAGCGUUUCCCUGUCGUUCGCGUCCAGCCAUCAUCAUCAUCGCCGCCGCCGCCGUCGUCACCGCAGCCGACACCAGCCGCAGGUAAACCACCGAUGAGCUGGAGGCAGCCGCCAGGACGCCGCACGACGCCGGGAGGACGACGCUAGCGGGCCUACACUCUCACCCACUCACACAUCGUCGUCGUCGUCGUCGCUCUGGUGGUCGCAGCGAACAACGCGACACACACAUUUUCCGACCCUCGAGACUUGCAUUUCGUUUUCCUCCGCACCCGACCACCGCGAAUCGUCACCGCACGCCGUUUUGUAAUCACGCAACGAAGAGUACAAAAAGCGCACUCGCGACCGACCGAGUAAACAACAAAUUACAACACUUAUCUAACUGAAAUCGAACGCGAAAGGAGCGCGCCGCUGAACGACUGGCUUGAUUUUCCGCCUGCCUGCGAAUCCUUUACACGUCUCCGCAGGCCCAACGAUCACACACUUAUACAUGACCAAGAAGCAAACAAAAAAUAAUACCACAAAUAAACCAAAUAAAUAAAUUUAAAGAAAAGUACGUAUAUUAUAAAUAUAUUUUAUCGGAUUUUUACUAACUACACUACGAAAAGGCUGUGCUAAUCUCACGUUUAAAUUAAGAAGAAAACUACACACGAAAAACGAAUCAUAUUUAAAUACAUUCACACCCGGAAGCGAUUUUACUAGUGGACGAGCAGCCCUGGAUUAUUAUUAAAAAGCGAUCUAGAACAAUAAAUCGAACGAAGCCCUAGCGAACAGGACGACGAAACGAGCGCCAAACACGACGUGUUAUUUCUUCAAAACGCAACUUCAAUCAAACACACAACCAGCGGCCCGGAGCGAAAAGUAUGGAUUCCUCCGAAUUGGAAGAUCUGAUCCUCUGCGACUACUGCAAGCAGUCCUUCAACGACCAGGAGCAGACACCGAAACUACUCAGCUGCAAGCAUCACUUCUGCCUAAAGUGCAUCCGGUCUUCUCUGAGCAAAGGCCAGGAGAUCUACUGCGUGCAUUGCUGGAAGCGCACCGAGGUCGGGGAUCUCGGCGCGGAAACACUACCCACCUACACGGCCAUAUUAUACCUCUCGAAGAACUUCACCCAGAUGAAACACAACCACGCGAUGAAGCUCAACGACAACACGAAGUCGGUGCAGUCGGCCACCGGGCAGACGACGACCGCUGGAAAGCUACUCUCGGAGAACUGCCACACUCAUGCGAUGCCCCUUGCUCUCUGGUGUCAGACCUGCUGCGUACCUCUGUGCAGGGCCUGCGCCACCGCCAGUGAUCACACUAGUCACCAGAUCAAGUCGCAGAACGAUACCAAGGAGCAGCUCAUGGUUGAGCUGCAGAAUGAACUACAGUCGAUGAGUAAACUUCUCAAUGAAACGCAACGACUAGCCGCCCAGCAACGAGAAUUCCUGCUGAAAAUUCUCGAGGCGUGCAUCACGUUAAAGACACAUGUGGAGGCGGAUCUCACCAAUAACGCCACGCAUGUGGAACUGAACGAUACCAGGGACCUAUUGGGCAAGUUCCGCAUGAAUCUUUCAUUAACCGAUAGUUUGGUGGAUGUGCAAAGUCUAUGCGCUAGUUUAGGGGCUGAGAAGCAACGCCUGCAGGUAAGGUACCAGGAGAUGUACAUGCAGUGCCAGCUGGACGACCUAAUUCGCAACUCGACGGUAGUCUUCGACUUUCAAUUGUUGAAGCAGGCCCUGGCGAAUAUACAAAACGGGGAGCUGCCGUACACGGGUGGGCGUUGCGUUGCUGGCCAACAAAACCCCAUCUUGUUCCUGGCGAAUUACUGCAUGUCGCAACUGUACUCACGACAUGUGGUGAGUAAGCAGUUGAAUGGUAACGUCGAAUACCAUCAACCACCUCCGAAUCAGUCGGCGACUAGCUACCUCAGCCCUAUGCCACAACAACACCACGUGGUGUUGCCACCCGGUGGGAAAUCCUACGACGCGUUGGUAUCUAGUCAUCAUUCACCCGUACCAUUACAACGCGCGCCCGCGAACGUCUGCCCGCUGUUUUACUUCAACAUCGAAGUGAAUGGUGCGCCCAUGGGUCGUGUGGUCAUCGAAGUGCGCGCGGACGUAGCGCCCAAGAUGGCGAAAAAUUUCAGUAUGCUCGCGACCGGCGAACAGGGCAUGGGCUACAAGGGCUGUUCCAUCUUUCAAUGCUGGGAGGGUGAGAGUGUAAUCACGGGGGACUUCGAGUUGAACAACGGACGCGGCGGGCGCAGUGUGUUUGAAGAAUCCUUCUUUCUACCGGACGAUACGAAACUGCUCGCUGUGCGCGGCACGGUGGGCAUGCGACGGACGCAGAAACGCCACGACAACCUCGGCAUGGUCGGCUCACAGUUCCGCGUCAUCCUGCAAGAGAUGCGCGGCUUCACCGGUAUCUUCGGCCACGUCGUCGAAGGCAUCGAGCUGGUGGAGAAGAUCAGUACUUACGGCGACACGGCCGGCAAGCCAACGAAGAGCAUUCUCAUCGCGAAAUGCGGCAAGUUAUAAUGAGUUUCAUUAGCAUAAACACUACACAUCACAAGUUUUACUACAACUACAUCCGAAACGCACCGAAAACGUAGCGUUGCUCGAAAAUCGAAAUUUAUCAUGUUUAACGAACCGAAUUUCCGAGACAUACAAAGAGAAAAACUCACUGAAACACACAACUGAAACGCGAAAACCCCAAAAAAGCGCCCGGUGCUUCGUUAUUUAAGAGAGAACAAAACGGAAAAAUCAACUUUUACACAGCCACACGAAUCGAACACAACCAAUUGAUAACCACUUGAACGUACAAAGUUAAAAAAAAUACAUAAUUAUUGGAUAAUGAGAUAAAUGUUCUAUGAAUAAGUGUAGCUUUUGAGCAAAAAACUGCUAUCUUAAUACCGUCUAUUAUUGUUAGCUUUGACAGAGAAUCUAUAUUAACUUCGAGUGGUGAUUACAGCGCGCGCAUCGCAUCGCAUUUGCAUUUGCAAGAUGAUAAACUAUUUUCUUAACGACAAACACAAAUGCAAACAAUCGUGUUUUAAUCGUAAAUUAAUUCGUGUAAAAAAACAAAUAUAUAAUAACGAAUCUAGCUAUAGGAUGAUACCGAAUGGCAAAAAAAUAAAAACCCACAAAGCACACAAAACGCGUUUUUUGAGAUCGGAAAUGCGGCGCAACUUGUAUCGAAUCAAAGCGGCUGCUAAUUGUGAGUGAAUUUUCCGAACGUUACGCUUAAAAUGUUUGCUGUGAGGGCGCGAGCGCGGAAUGUAACACUUUCGUUGACACACGUUCGUCCUAUAAUAUUUGGGCGCAGAGCCGCGCGAACAUGUCGCUUUAAAACUAAUUGUAUGUGUUUGCGAGAGACGCCUAGAGUAUUAUUAAACAAUCGCUGUUAAUGUUUAGAAAAAUCGACACCCGGCGAAAUAUAUUAAAUGAAACACGUUCACGUUCACGACUAUUUCGUUUCGGUCUCAAACCAGAAGAUACGUACCGUACCUAUUUUUCCAAAAAAUGGACGACGACACGACGACUCUAAAAUUAAUUCUUAACUAACACGUAAACAAGAAGAUGAAAAAAAAACACGCGAACCGUUCACAUUUUUAUUGUACCAAAGAAGCAGCAAGCGAGAGAAAUUCGUUCGCGAAAACAAACAAACAAUACACGAUCGAUAACGUUGAACAAUAUCUAAAUGGCCUAUUAGGAAACUGUACUACUAACCGAACGCUUCGUAAUCGUAGUUCCUCAACGAACAAAAAAAAUGAGCAACCAAAAAUAAAAAAAACUAUAUUAAAAAAACGUUUAGAUUGAUUGCGACGAAUAACGUGUGUGAAUAUGCAUCGGAAUCUAUUUUUUUAUGUCAGAAGUGACACACUUGAGAACUAAGAAGCGAUGAAUCGAUUCACCAAAUAGAGAGACCUAUAUUUAAUAUAAAUUAUAUCGUGGCGUUACUACUGUUUAGUGUUGAUAUAUUUUAUUCGCUGUUAUAAAGUUGAUGUUAAGUUCGUGCUUGAGGGAGAGAACGAAAUAAAUUUGUACACGUACGCACACACAACCAGCAAAUACACGAAAAACCCAAAGUUUAGAAACAAUUGGAAACGAACAAUACACACAUUCACAGGAUGACGAUUUUUCAUCGCUGUUAGAUGAACAAAAAACCCUGGCGAGCAAAUUUGAUGUAAUCCUCCAACACUUAUUGCGUGAAAAUAAUAGAAUGAUGUGUAUUGGAACGCGUUGAUUUAGCACCCGACGAAGAUUUAUAUAAUUAGUCUAAUUCUAAACUAACUUAGGUUUUAAUCAAAAUGUGAAGCAAAGAUAAUACAUCAACAAACGAACCUAUACCAAAAAAAAGAACACUCUCACAACUGACGGAACCAGUAUUCUAACGUGCGAUUUUUCGUUGUGUAGACACGAGACACACGCGCACGAUUUGCACAGUUCUAAUUUUAAGAUGCGAAAGUGGAAGAAACCAAAAAAGAAACUCAUCUGAGAAACUUUAUUUUCCUAUACGAGACGCGUAAAUUAUACAUUAUGUAUUUUUCUAUGAAUUUAGUUCUUAUUCUAAGACUCGUCGGAAUCGCGAAACGUGCAAACCAAAAACAAAACAAAUCGAAAUUGUACGAUAUUGAUCGAUUGAUCGCCACACGGGUUGGUGACAAUCAACCAACGGUGGUCGCGGCGGCAGGCAUCAAGGUAGUUCGAACCCUAUUCAACGAAAAACGCGCGCCUCGAUAUAAUAAUAAUAAUAGAAAACUCAUAUACGAGAUGUGCUUUCGCAGAAAAAAAUACAAAAAUAUCUAACACUUGUACACACCAAUGGCUUUUCUUCGUUCGCGGAAUCAACCAUCCCUUAUUUGUGCCUUACGUGUGAACCCCAUUCGCAGUUGAUUGUCGCUUGCACCGGAAGUCAUCCCCCAAUCGAAUAUUCGAAUUCGUUCGUAAACAGAGCAGACAAAUCGAUAAUAAGCACUCGCGCGCGCGCUCCCUCCGCCAGCACACCAUGCGUUAAUGAGUUUUUCGCGCCGCUUAGAUGCCAAUAAUAACCGAAAAUAAUCUCAUUAGUGAUAGCGUUUUAUUGGAAGGCGCCCAAUCAUUAGGCGGCAACCGUUCGACGGACGCGUAGCAUUUAAUUACGAACACGUACGCAAAACGAAACGAAUCGAAUCGACGACCUCUCUUAUACUCUCCUCCUCUCCCUGUUUGAUUAACACUUUUGAAACUUCUUCUGCGGUUGGCUCUCGCCGAAGGAGAGCUUUGGCGAUUUUUUCUCGACAACGUGCUGUGUUUGAGCGGACCCCAAGGAAUACAACAAGUACCUGUUUCUAAUCUAUAUGAAUGUAUCGAUGUUAAUCUUACGAAAAAAAAACAACCCAAAAUGUAUGUAUGUAAAUUGUAACUUGUGCAACAAAUAUAUAAAAAGAAUAUUUAACUGGCGCGCCGAUUAAUUUCUACUCUUUUUUGCAAAAUCGACGACGCAUCGAAUGAGAUUCUGCGAUCGAACGAGAAAGGAUUGCGCAUAGAUGUGCCAAUAAAAGUCGCGUUCGAAUCGGCGAUAAUGCGAUAAGCAGUUCUCAUUUCCAGCAGCGCCGCAUUGCGUUCCUAACUUUCGGCCUCGAAUGCGCGCAGAUCUGCGAAUUAAAGCGUUGACACAACGACGACAGCGCACGAAAUAAACAGAAAAAACAAUUUUCAAACACUGUAAACAGGAACAUAUCAAAGACUCACUUGUACAUUUUUUCGAAAAACUAGGCGAACGCAAAGCGAACACAUUUCUGUACGGAACCGAUCAAGACUCAUGUCUUUUUGAGCAAAAGUUUCAAUACCAACAAAACAUAAAUAAGCGAUAGGCCCUAGAUAGCGUGCUAGUCAUGUAGAAAUUGAAGAAAUGUAUUUUUGUCUGUGUGUAUUGCAAAAUGAAAACAUACAAAAACCAAGAUCAAAUAAAAAACACUAACGAUUCAUGACGAUUUGAAUAAUAAAAAAACAGAACAAGAUUA